UAUCUGUUUAUGCUAGUAAUUUGUUAACUGUUCAUUCGUACAAAACAAAUUAAAAAUUAUUUGUCCUUUAUUAGUUCAAUUGCUUAAAAAUUAUUGCUAAGACCAACAGAAUUGGCUUCGGAAGUCUUUGAAUAAAUAAAGAGAUAUACUAUUCAAUUCUAACAAAUUACUAAAUAAUUAUAAGUAUUCUAAGGGACAUUUCACAACAUUUAUGAAAUUGUCCAACUUUAAACCGAGCAAAAGAAAUGGGAAGAGUUCCGAUUUUAGAGAUUUUUUCGAAUAGACAUUCACUAGAAACCAGAAGAAAUAGAGUCUCUGCUGAAAUCCAUGUUAACUUGUGAAGUAUUCAAAUCCAAGUCAUCGUGACCACAGAACAUCGUUGUCUGAAACAACUUCCGGGAUCGAAACGGUUGCAAACGAACUAUUUGUAUCAACGAUCUUAAUUUCAAAAAAUGUCCUACAGAAACAAAGUGAUAUUGUUUUCUUAUUUUUCUAGUCAACCGACCUUGCAGAGCAGUAUAUUAUUGAGUUUAAAGGAUUCAUGCAACUUUAUAUUCUUCAAGGUGGUUGACUAUAAUAAUUAUAUAAAUCGUACAUUUGUAAGUAUGUCUAUGCACUAGAUUGGAUUAUUUCUUAUACCAUAUCUUUUGCGCCAAAUAGGUUACUGUGUUUUAUUCAAUUUGGUAUGUAAUUCAUUUUCUUUUAAUUUUUUAAUAUAUAUUUAGUAUAUAUCAUAUUUUAUCAGUUUAUCAUACCAUAUACGAAAAUGUUACCUUGUUUUCAACUUCCAUUUUUCGCCAACUGAAACGAAUAUAAAAUUGUGAAAGCCAAAGUAUUUAGUCGUGUUGUUUUUCUAUUAAUUCACCUUUAAAAGAAGCCGGAAUUUUGCAUGGUAUCGGAUAUCUAGAUUUUUUAAUAAAAAUUAAAAGUCAACUCAUUCACUUAACAUAACGUUUUUCAUAAAUGAAAUUGAAAUUUCGCUUUAAAACUGCAAGAUUUUUUACACUUUUUCACCCUUGUUUGGUUUUUUCUAGUUUCUUUAUAUUCUGUUGUGUUUUUCCAAGAUUUUGGUAGGUCACUGGACUUAACACUUUCAUUCAAUUGGUUUUUCUUAAAUUGAACUUUUACAAACUUAUAUCAAUGUGUUCGUAUGAAAAUUCUCAUUUUAUAUAUCUUUACAUGAAUUUUCGUCAAAACAUUUAUUAAAUUUUUCUUUAGGUAUUCUCUGAAACAUUAUCUUUAAAUUAAAUAAUUAUCUUUCAUUUGGUAUUGGCCAUAUUUAUCAAUUUUUAAAAAUUUAAAUAUUUAAAAAUUCUGGAUUAUCUAUUGAUUUUUAUUACAUUGUUUUCUCUUUAAUCUUUCAUUGAUAUGAUAUAAUCAAAUUUAUGAAAUGUACUAAUACACCCAACAGCCUUAUUCCCCAUGUAAAGCUUGCGUAAAGAAAUUAUACUUCAAAACUCAUGUAUUUCUAGGUAUUUUGUAUUGAAUCGGAUCGGAUUUUCACAAAUAAUUCGAUUUUAAUGGAUAUUCUUCAAUUAUUCAUAUCAAAGAACUUUCAUAACAAUAAAAAAAUACAUAUACCAGUUAGCCAUUAUUGUUUUCACAAACUGAAAUUUACUUUGAUUUAUAUUAAUUAAUGAUUAACGUGUACGAAUCUUCUAGCAAAUAUCGAAAAUCUGCCAUCCUUCAUUAUCCCGAAUAUACUUAUAUCGUUAAAUUUAAUAUGCAUAUUAUCUGUUUACCCAUUUUAUUUUAGGUACAAAUAUUCAAAGCUGAAUAUGUCUUUAUGGUACUUAUCGUUAUCAUUACCUCUUCUCCCAGUUUAUCUAACAUUUCUAGCAUGUUUGCUAGUUUACAAAAGUAUUAUAAUUGCAAUAUUGAAAUUGAAGCAUGGUAAAAAUUUGACUAUUAUCACAAGCAACGAUUCUUUUUUCGGAUUGGGCAAAUUUCGAGAAAACUUAUCUAACGUUCUGUUUACUAUGAAUACUGAAAUGAGCGAAGAAGCUUUGAGAGAGAGAAUGGUUCAAGCCAUAAAUAUGAAAAUGAUAAAAUACGAGCAGCACUUUAAAAAAAUCCAUAGUUCUCUAUAUAACUUUAUGGGCUACACUUUCUUGAUAAAAGAAGACGACGUACGAGCUACCGACUUUGUAACUAUUUUGGACGUUGAAAAAGAUCGUUAUGAAUCGAUCAAUCAUUUGGCUUAUGAAUAUUCUAUGAAACCGUUACCUAAACAAAAUAAACGACUUUUUGAAAUCAUCAUAAUAAAAUCUAGUAAAGAAUGGAAGACGAGAAACAAUUUUAAAGUCGAAAAAAUACCGGUAUUAAUGAGAAUGCACCAUCUUUUAGCAGACGGUUUAUCUACUUUAAAUUUAAGCGUACAGCUCUUUGGAGAUAAUAAAGUAGUCAUAAAUGAAGUUGUGGAUAAAUUCAACACGAAUCGUAAACGUCCUCAAUAUUGGUUAGAAAUACUCCAGAAUAUUUAUUUUUUCCUCCUUCUUCCUGGUUAUAUAAUUUACCAUGAAAUUCACACUUACGGAAAUUAUAGAGGAUUUAUGAAUAAUUUGGGCUCUGGUAAACAGCAUUUUAUUUAUAAAGUUGGAGAUGAUAAUAUGAUGAUAAGGAAAAUAAAAAAUUUGAAAAAUAAAAUCGGGAACUGCAGUUUCACUCAAAUAUUAAUUACAGCCAUUUCGGCUAGUAUAUACGAAUAUAGUAAAAAUGUGAGUUAUUUGAGUAUUUUGAAAAUGAGGUUCCGAUGUUUGUAGUUUCUUUUUUCAAAUAUUUUAUGAUGACAAUAUUUAUUGGGAUUGUAAUGCAACUACAUUUUAAUUAUUCAUAACUCCAAAAAUUCGCUCUAAAACCUAGAAAAUCGUCACUCUGCUUAGUUGUUAAUUUGUUUGGCUGUUACCACACUUUAUUCAACUAACUUGAUAUUAACCACUCAAUUUUG